GCUUACUCCAAUCCGACCACGUGUUCGAGGUUUCGACAGCAAACCAAAGGACAAAACCAUCUUCCACUCGCGACAUCCAAAAUUAUAACAUCAACAACCCAAAACAAAAACCAACUUUCUUGUACACAAUGGCGGCUCAAGAGAAGAUAUCGGUCUAUAAUGCAGCUGACCUCAAGAACACAUCCGAUGAUGCCAUACCCAAUUACCUCAACUCGCUCAAGUUCAAGCAGUCACACACGCUCACGGAUGUGCGCCUGACGCUUGGCUAUUCGGCCUUUGCCAUAUCGGCCGCCUGUUUCUUCUGGGACUACAAGUUGGGAUUUGACAGCACCAAGUACUACACGGCCGCCGCCGUCGCUCUAUAUGCCAUCUUGAAUGGCGCUCUCACCCUCUGGUCUUUCUUUGUCGAGAAGAACAUCGUCUACGUUGGCACAGCGCCAAGCGGAGAAAAGAUCACCAUAGCGUCUAGCGUCAACAAGUACGACCCUACCUACAGGCUUGCCAUCACAACAGUCCCCAAGGGCGCUUCCAAGGGCCAGAGCAUCGAGGUCUCUCGCCCUUUUGCCGAGUGGUUUGACUCAGUUGGUCACUUCAUCGCUGCACCUUUCCAGACGAUGCUGGCUACUUCAGUGCCGGCGAUAGCCAAGGUGGAUUCCAAAAGGCUUGCCAACAUCCCCGCCGCUCAGGCAGAGACCUCGGCACCCAAGGAAGAUGGUUACAGUGCCGAGAUGUUGGACGCUAUUUUGUCCUCGUCCGGAUCAGCUACAGGUGCAGACACCACCGGCUCAGUAUCAGCCAAGAAGGGUGGAAAGCGCCGCAAGGCUUGAAAAUAUCAAAUUUCAAGUUAAACUAGGGAGACUCGGUAGCAUGGAAUUUUGUACACUAGACUGGUGUUUUCAUCACGUAGGCCGGGAUUGGUUCCAGAAUUGGGUGAUCUAUUGAAGUUUU